AUGACGACUCAAGCGCUCUGGCCUAUAGUCAUUAAUGAGGUUGAGCGGCGGCUAAAAGAACAAUAUGGAGGUCCGCCUUCAAACUUAGCUUUGCAGGAUGAAAAGGCCAUCGAAACCACGUUGACGGAGCAUCUCGGCUCCGACUUUUACGACCAGUACAGGGUUGUACAGACUGCGGUCCCUCAGGACGAGGAAACCGCGAAAGUCAAGAAUUUUAUCCUGAUGCUGAAACAACAGUUUCACAAGCUUCGCAAACUGGAAGACGUCUACAUUAGGCCUAACUGGAGCCACUUUCAAGAAAUAUCUGCAGUAUCAAAAGCCAUGCCAGUAGGUCCGAGCUACACGCACGUCCCGUGUAGAGACGAUGCUUCAUGCAAAAAACUGGAGCAUCUCGUCAACACGUGUAACUACGCAAGAAAGGGGGCGAUGACAGCCAGCGGCAUGUUCAACGUUAUCACGCACGUUCUGAACAGCGUCAUGUCUGUCCUAUGCGGCUGUCUCUUUGUGGGGCCGGUUCACUUAUGCGUGCUCAAAAACUUUCCGUACACGUGCAAACUGCCAUAUCCGGUAUACUCUUCUCUCUUCAUGGCAACGUCUCAAGUAUGGGAAGCGGUAAAGGCGACUACAUCAAUCUGUCGGGUGUACGGAGACCCCGGCUUCAGCAGUGUCAUGUCCUAG